AUGCGACUUCUCCCACGAGGGCUGGGGAAAUCCCAGCCACGACUGAUUCUCCUUUUUUUGCUGGUGAUUGUUAUCGCUACUCGUGUGUCUGCCCAGAAGGCGGGGGAUAAAACGACGGAGACAAAAGCCGAUGUCGCCCAGACCACCGACGAUCGCUCCACCAGUGACAGCACAAGCACAAGCACCCCUAGCGUGACCGAAACCACUGCGACAACUAAGGAAACCACCUCAACCUCGUCCUCGGAGAAAACCGAAACAACCACGACCUCAUCCUCCUCCACCUCCACAAAGUCGGACAAAACUACCACCACCAUGGAUACAACGACAACUUCGUCGACCUCCUCCACGGAAACCUCAACCUCAACCUCAACCUCAACCACCGACAGCACCACAACAUCAUCCGUUUCCACAACAACGACAUCAACAUCCUCAUCAACCACCACAACGGGCGCCCCCAUAGUAACCGUACCCCCGACCGCAAACGCACCAUACAUGCAGACAACAAACACACCAGAGGGAACAGUCUUCAUCGCCGUCGGCGCCGCCUCGGCCUAA